UUGCAUUUAAAGAAUUUCAGAAUUAAUUAUGCUGCAUAAAUCAAGAUGUUAUAUUUAAGUAAGCAAAUUUUGACAUUUUCUGUAAUCAGUAAUUUUAGUGCAUUCAAACUUUAUCCAUGCUUAGAUAUUAUAUAAAGGUGCGUUGAUUAACAUGAAAAUUUUCAUCAAAAUGACGCUCGUUCACUUGUCCUAGGCCUCUUAAAUGUUUUUUAGUGACUCAAUAGCUUAGGAUAAUCUAUGCUAGUAAGUAAUUAUAUGGCCUGCUCAUUUUGUGACUCCACUGAUGGUUGAAUGUCAGUUAUAUAUUCGUUCUGUAUAGAUUGAUAGUUCACCUCAGAUUGGACAUAAAAGGCACCAUGUAAAUGUAUAUAUUAUAUAACAUUCCAGUUUUACUAUAAAAGUUGCAAACCAUGUCAUUAUUUGGCAGCAGUAGUACUUUUGGUGGUUUUGGUGCAGCAUCAGCAACAACUCAGUCAACAAAUAAAGACAUCGAAGUUGCACAACCUCCAUCAGAUACUAUCAGCUGUCUUCGAUUUAGUCCAACAGCAAACUUUCUUGUAGCUUCUUCUUGGGAUAACAAUAUACGAUGCUGGGAAGUUCAGGGAAAUGGCACAACAGUUGCAAAAGCUGAACAAUCUCAUUCGAAGCCAAUUUUGUCUUGUUGUUGGCACACUGAUGGAAGCAAGGUUUUUACAGCUGGUGCAGACAAUCAAGCAAAAGUUUGGGAUCUGGCAUCAAAUCAAUCUGUUGUUUGUGCACAGCAUGAUGCACCAAUCAAGACAGUACACUGGAUUCAAGCCCCCAGCUAUCAAUGCUUAAUGACUGGUAGCUGGGAUAAAACGUUAAAAUUCUGGGACACGCGGCAAGCAAAUCCAAUUCUAUCAAUGAAUACAAUAGAAAAGGUGUAUUGUGCUGAUGUAAUGUAUCCAAUGGCUGUUGUAUCUACUGCUCAAAGAGGGAUUUUAGUAUACACGCUAACUGAUCAACCACGGGAAUAUAAAAAAAUUGAUUCUCCACUUAAAUAUCAGCAUCGAUGUGUGUCAAUAUGUAAAGACAAGAAGGGCACACCCAACGGAUUUGCUCUGGGUUCAGUUGAGGGGAGAGUUGCGAUGCAGUACAUUAAUCCUGCAGAUCCAAAAGAGAAUUUUACUUUCAAAUGCCACAGAUCUGAUGUGACGGGUGCUGGACAAACUCAGGAUAUAUUCGCGGUAAAUGAUAUUGCAUUUCACCCUCAACAUGGUACCUUAGCUACGGCUGGUUCUGAUGGGAAAUAUAGCUUUUGGGAUAAAGAUGCGAGGACUAAGCUAAAGACGUCUGACGCGUGUACCCAACCCAUCACUGCAUGUUGCUUUAAUGCGGAGGGAAGCAUAUUUGCAUAUUCCAUUGGUUAUGAUUGGACAAAGGGUCACGAAUAUUACAAUACGAAUGUAAAACCUGCAAUAUAUUUACGAAGCUGCGCAGAUGAAUUAAAGCCGAGAACUAAAAAAUAGAGCGACCUUUACAUGGGGAAAUUAAAGAAAGGACCAGGAGAGAACUGAAGAAAAACUAGACAAUCACGAUGCUUUGUACAUAUUAUUUUUACAAAAUGUUACGUUUAUA